GGAAUGCUUUCGGUUGUGGUUAUAAAGUACUGUCAUCCUUUUAAGUUUUUUUGAAAAAGAUUUUGUGGAACAGUAGUAUUUUAGUGUUAUCAGAAUGAGUAUACGAAACGAAUACAUUUCUGUAGCAGAGGAUGUUGCAGAUCAGGUGAUACGUAAAUUAAAACAUGUACUUCCCACUAUUGCCAGACUCUGUUUAAUAUCCACAUUUUUGGAGGAUGGAAUUCGUAUGUGGAUCCAAUGGGAUUCCCAAAGGGAUUAUAUGGACAUAUCAUGGGGCUGUGGUUACUUUCUAGCAACUUUAUUUGUUAUUAUAAACUUACUUGGUCAGUUAGGAGGUUGUGUUAUGGUAAUUCUGCAGUUUAGGGUACCAAUUGCCUGUGCAAUUCUCUUCUUUAUUGUGGUUUUACAAACCUUUGCUUACAGUAUACUGUGGGACAUACAAUUUUUGUUCAGAAAUCUUGCCCUUAUUGGUGCAUUAUUGCUUGUGUUAGCAGAAAGCAAAGGUGAAGCCAAAAGUUUAUUUGCUGGAGUUCCCACAUUAGGAGAUAACAAACCCAAAAAUUACCUUCAACUCACUGGACGUAUUUUAUUAGCAUUUAUGUUUACUACGCUUAUUAGAUUUGAAUUGAGUUUUUUACAAAUUUUAUUAGAUCUUGUAGGUUCAGCAUUGAUGGUUUUAGUAACAGUUGGUUACAAAACUAAACUUUCAGCACUACUUCUUGUAUUACUACUUAGCCUUUUGAACUUUUACCACAAUGCUUGGUGGAAUGUGCCUUCCUACAAACCAUUACGUGAUUUUCUCAAAUAUGAUUUCUUCCAAACCUUAUCUGUGGUUGGUGGAUUACUUCUAAUCGUCUAUUUGGGACCUGGCGGAGUCUCGAUGGACGAACACAAGAAAAGAUGGUGACCGAUUCGACUGAUUGUAAAACUUUUAAUGACACGUAUGAAAAAUUUAAUUUACCUUUAAAGUACAAUUUUUAUUUUGGCGUUUAUCAAAAUUUUCUAAAAGAUAUCUGUUAGUGGUUGAAAUUUUAGUUAACUAAAUUGUUCUUCUUUGUUGGUCAUAUUUACAAAUUAACUAUUAUACAAAUGGAAAUAUAGUAAUCUUUUUAAGUAUAACAGCGAAAGUGUAGGUUUUUAUACUUAUUACUGCUAUUAGUGAUACAAACAACAUUACAAAAGUACAUGUUAUGUAUAUUGUAAAGCACAAUAAAAUAGCUACAUUUUUUUAUAAAC